AUGCAGACUUUUCUCUUAUUUGGUCAAAUAAGGUCAAUGUUGGAUGAUUGGAAACAAAUCUGGAAUUUAAUAUUUAUAAAAAUCGAGAUGAUAAAUUUAAAAUAAAAAACAAUCAUGAACAAAAUUUUAAAAUACAUGAAGAGCUUGGAUAUCUUUGGGUAAAACAUCCAAUUGAAUUUUAAUGGAUAGAACUAAUAUUAAACAGCAACUGGUGGAUUUUUCUCCCUUGCUAUAAUUGCUGUUAUAGCAUUCUUCUUUUAACAGAAUAUCUUAAAUUUCAUUCAUCGAGUUGAUAUUCAUCUCAACGCUUAGACGAUCUUCGAUUUCAACCCAGACAGAAUAACAUUCAAUGAGGAUAAUUACAUGUUUGCAUUGGCAGUUGACUAGACUAACUUCAAUACACUCCCCUUCUUCAAUAUCACUCUGAAAUAACGUACCUACACAAGAUCCUCCGAUGGCUCCUUAAAUAAACAAGAUAAUUUCAUAGAUCUAAUCCCAUGCACCUAAGAUCGAUUUCAAAAGAUCUUUAAGAAUUAGGAUUUCUCUGUUUAGUUUUCUUAAUUAAAACUAGAGGAAUGGCUAUGUCCUCAACUCAAUUAUUCGAUCUAAUUAGGUGGCAGUUUUACAAGCGACAUCUUCGAGUUUGUCAAAAUAACUGUGAGUGAGUGCUCAAAUAAUUCAAAUUCGAAUUCCAUUCUGUCAUGGAAACCUCAAUGUGCAAGCACUUAAGCCAGAGAUCGUUAUCUUCAAUAAGAACGCUCCUUCAGAAUUAGGAUGUAUAUGACUAAUAAUGUUAUCAACCCCUUAUAAGUGUAAAAUGUGUCCCAAACCUUCUUAGAUGAUGAAACUUAUUUCUCAUUUCUACUUUAAACAGGAACAGAAGCAGAUGUAUUUUAUUAGAAAUACAAUAUCACCACUGAUGACAACGUCAUUCCUAUUCUCAAAAAAAUAGAUGAAGAGAUCAUAAAUGUCAAAAGAGCAGGAGAUUUUAAGACCAAAAUCGUUUAAAAUAAUGAUUAGCAAUUUUCAGCCAUCUAUUUGAGAAGAAGUCCUUACACCUAAAUUGUUAAACGAGAAUUAUAAGAUAUUUCUGAUCUGCUCUCUUAUCUUGGGGGUUUUGCAAAUAUCGUUGCUCUUGUUUUUGGAAUCCUCAUCAAAUCCUAUAAUAAAUCAAGAUGUAUUAGAUCAAUCACCUAUUUAGUAAUGAUCGAUUUGGCUAAUUAUGUUUAUGAUUUCCCUACUAAGAGUAUUAGCAUUGCAGACUCCCAAGAAAGAAAGGAAAUCAAGAAGGUUAUAGCCAAAGCAAGAAGUAGAACCAUCGUUAAGCAGCAAGGUUAGGAUCAGGAAUUACACUCUCAAAUGCAAUCACCUAAACAUACAUAAAUUUAGCUAUAAUAAAAUGAUACAAAAUAACAGGAACUAUACAAUAUAUCCAAACAAGAUGAAAUAUACCAAGUCAAAUCAGAAUUGUAGAUUACUAAUCGCCAAGAAGAAUAACUGCUAUUCUAUUAGGAAUAAGAAAAAAUUAUACUAAAACUAGGUAUCCAGGAUCGGAAGAGCUACUUAACUUAGUAAAUCCAGAAGAUAUUAAAUAGAAGCAAGCCUAUACUAUUCAACUGCAAAUACAUUCUUUCUAUGGUGUUUUGCUCUAAAUUAUUUUACGACCGCAACAGCAUACUACUCCACAAAGCAAUAAAAAAAAUAAACCAAGAUUUGGAUAUUUGUGUGGUUAUAGACACGGUCAAAGAAAUUAAUUUAAUUAAAGAAUUAUUGUUAACCAAAGAUUAAUUAGUUCUAUUUGAUUUUGCUCCAAAAUAGGUAAUCGAUCUUUAGGAAGACGAAAAAUCAAUUAUGACGAGAAGCUAAGGUAGUAAUAGCUUGGAAACCAUGAGAUCAAAUUCAAACUAGAAAGAAGUUUAAAAUUAAAACAAAUCAAUUCAAGCUUACUAUAAGCUAUUUUAAGCCUAUGAUCAUAUUCAUAAAUAAUUAUAGUAGGACAACAAAAUUAAUGAGAAAUUGAUUGAGAAAUUAGGACAAGAAGUUAGAGAUAUCUUUGACGUUUCCCACUUGAUUUAGUGGGAAAGGAAAUCGAUUAAAUGUCUAAAAGAUGAUAUGUAGGAUGAUUCAGUUAACUCAGAUCCUCUUUCUAUAAACAACGUAGAAUAGAUCAAGAUAAAUGUCAAACUGAGUACAUGA